UGACCUUUUCCCUUGGCAACCACUUCCUCCGAGCAUCCACGGCCAUCUUUAAUUUGAAGUAAUUCAUGAAAAGUUGUUUCGCUCAUGUAAACACGCCGAGCGAAACAUUUGCGCACAAAGCAGCAUCGGCGGCUCUGUGUGCAUGUAGUUUCCAGCGACGUGCUCCAAACAGAGCCGAGCAGCACCGCAGCAGGCUGUCCGCCGAGAUUAAGUAAACAGCGAAAGCGAUGAGAAAGAAGCAGACUGCCAAACAGAGGAAGACAGAGGAGACUCCAGUUGUCCAGGAGUUUGUGGUAGAAAAAAUAAUUCUUCGGAGAAUCUUUAAUGGGAGAGUGGAGUAUUUCCUGAAGUGGAAAGGUUUCACUGAUGCAGAAAACACAUGGGAACCUGAGGACAAUCUUGACUGUCCUGAACUCAUUGAAGAGUUCCUGAGAAACACCCAUUAUUUGAAUGAGGAAGAGCAAAACGUACAAGAGUUAAUUCCCAAAGAAGAAAUGACAGAGCAGGAGACAGAAAUUUCCUAUAUGCAGUCUCAGCAGCAGGCUCACACUGAGCAGAGCAACAGCGAGCCGAAUGACGAGCAGUCAGAGACCCCCACUAACCUCAGCACUUACCUCGAGCCUGAAUGCAUCAUCGGCUCCACAGACAAACAGGGAGAGCUCAUGUUUCUCGUCAAAUGGAAGAACUCCGACGAUGUGGCCCUGCUGCCAGCCCGUGAGGCCAGCGCCAGGUGCCCCCAGGUGGUCAUCGACUUCUAUGAGCAGAAGCUGACCUGGCACUGCGGAGACGAGGAGCAGUGAAGUGUGUGUGUGUGUGUGUGUGUGUGUGUGUGUGGUGUACAGAUGCGAACCGAUAAACAGCUGUGUUCUCACCUGAAUCUUAGUUUAACCUCCAUUUGAGCUCCUGUCCUCCUUCAGCUGACAUUUAGAGGCACACUGUGUGAAAUUACGCUGCAGGUAGAGUUUCAGAUUCUGGCAGGCGCGAGAGCCUCAGCGGGGAUGGAUUCCUAGUGCUCUCGGUCCCGUGGCGCUCAACGGGGUCUCUGCCUUUCUGUGGAGAGACUGCGAUGGAGACUAAAACUAACCUUUGUGUAGAGUAGCUGAUUUGAGGUCAGACUAACCUGUAGCAACUUUGGUCUUGCGUAAGCAGACACAAUCACUGUGGACAUGUUUUUGUUUUUACUAUUUUAUAUAGUAACUUAGUAUUUCUAGUUCUGUUUAGCUAGAUCUUGGUGGUUUAGUGUGUGCUUUAUAGCGACACUGUGUAGGCAGAGUCAACUAACUCCUGUCCAAUCCGUAGCUUUUAGUUAGAGCUAAAGAUUGUAGACCUGUUGUUCAAAUGUUUGUUGUUUAACCUUGUAUUUUUUGAUGUAGUAAGUUUUUUACUAUGUCUUACUGUGUCUCUGUAUGACCCUUGUUUGCUGUCAAAUAUUUAAAAAUGUUGCCCAUCAGAAAUGUCCCCAUAUUGCCAAUCAGCUGCUAAAUACCAAAUAAUUCUUCUCUGCAUUGAAUUCUAAAUACAAGAGUUUUUAAAAACAAAAUGAUUUGGUGCUUACACAAAGUGAAGUCCUCGUAUAAUUAGUCAAAGGGUCAUUUUUCGAAAGUACAUUUAUUGAGAUUAACACAAGAAUCUUUGUUUACACGUGCUGGCUAUUAAGAUUGUUAAAUAUAGCACUCUAGACUGUCAAUUACGUGGGUCAUUGUCUUCCAGCAAUUCUACAGGUCGAUGUACACGAUAUGUGUUUGCUGAUGGCACUGCUCUGACUCAACAUAUCUCCCAUGACUGUUAUGGGACAAGCUGAACCUUAAACCUGCUAAAAACACACCUACUACUGAGUUACUGUAACUGUUGACCAUGGAUCUGUGAAGUCUGAAUAAAGCAAAACUUUUUUUUGAA